CGGCUAUAUUCCGCCUAUAUAAAACACCAACACCCGGCACGAAGUUGCCCAACGCAUAUCACACUCGUGAUUGCUGUUCGCGUGAACCUUCCAAAACCAAAACUUUUUCUCUUCUGACCAGUGACGAGGCUUGUCCAGCAACAUGUGUGGCAUCUUAGGUUUAAUGCUUGCCGACCCAAAGGGUCAUGCCUGUCCUGAAUUGUACGAGGGCCUUUAUAGUUUGCAGCAUCGUGGACAAGAUGCUGCUGGUAUUGUCACCGCUGGAAAGCGUGGCCGUUUCUACCAGUGCAAAGGCAACGGCAUGGUUUCUGAUGUUUUCAGUCAACCCCAACUUCGUAACUUGGUCGGUCGCAUGGGCGUUGCCCACGUUCGUUACCCUACUGCGGGAAGCUGUGCCAAUUCUGAGGCUCAACCUUUCUACGUCAACUCUCCUUACGGUUUAGUCUUGGCCCAUAACGGCAAUAUCAUCAACGGUGAGGAGCUGAAGCACUUCCUUGACGUGGAGGCUCACCGUCACGUCAAUACUGGUUCGGAUUCUGAGCUCUUGCUUAACAUUUUUGCCAACGAGCUUCAGCGUUUGGAUAAAUUCCGUCUUGCAGAGGACGACAUUUUUGAGGCGCUUCGCGGUGUGUACGACCGCGUUAAUGGAGGAUACGCCUGUGUCGCUAUGAUUGCUGGUUUUGGAAUUCUCGGUUUCCGCGAUCCUAACGGUAUCCGUCCUCUUGUUAUUGGUGAACGCGACACCCCUUUUGGCAAGGAUUACAUGUUUGCCAGCGAGAGUGUUGUUUUCAACCAAUUCGGCUACCGUAAGUUCCGCGAUGUCGCUCCUGGUGAGUGCAUCUUUAUUCGUCAGGCAAACCGUGAAGACAUGCUUGACGGUAACACUGGACCUCAAAUGUUUUGCAAGCAAAUUGUUCCUUGCAAGCGUUUCACCCCUGAUAUCUUUGAGUAUGUGUACUUUGCUCGUCCUGAUUCCGUAAUCGAUGGCUUGUCUGUAUACCAGUCGCGCCUGAACAUGGGUAAGACUCUUGCACAAACAAUCAUUGACCGUUUUGGUCCCGACUACAAGAGCAAGAUUGAUGCCGUUAUUCCAGUUCCCGACUCUGCCCGAACCAGUGCACUUCAACUUGCCCAGUCGGCCGAUUUGCCAUAUGUUGAGGCGUUUAUUAAGAACCGCUAUAUUGGCAGAACCUUCAUUAUGCCAGGUCAGCAAAUCCGUCGCAAGUCUGUUCGUCGGAAGUUGAAUGUUCAACCCCAGGAAUUCAAUGGAAAGAACGUUUUGCUUGUUGAUGAUAGUAUCGUGCGUGGUACGACGUCCAAGGAAAUUGUGCAAAUGGCUCGUGAAUCCGGUGCACGUAACGUGUACCUUGCCAGCUGUGCCCCCAUGAUUACGCACCCUCAUAUCUACGGCAUCGAUUUGGCUGACUGCAAGGAUCUUGUCGCUUACGGCAAGACAGAGGAAGAAGUUGCCGCAGUCAUCAAAGCUGAUGGUGUAAUUUACCAAAAAUUGGAAGAUCUUAUCGCGUCGUGCAGUACCGACAAGUUGAAAAACUUCGAAGUCGGCCUGUUUACCGGUGUGUACACAACCGGGGCCUCGUCCGAGUACCUCGUGCACUUGGAGCGUCUUCGUGUUGCUAACCAACGUGCACGGAGGAACAGUUUUGCCGAGGACGAGGAGCGUGAUGUUCCUGAGGACGUUGCAAUGAUUAACGUUUCGUCCGACUAAGCACUAGAUACCAAGCAUCCUGGGUGGUGGAUGGUUCUUGAUGUUAAUGCGUAACGGCAAUACCAAGUGUCGCCCAGUUUUGUCGUGGUGUUUGUCUUUUUUUUUACCAUGAGUCCGUUUAGACCCCUAGUCUUUUUUGUUACAAUCCCCUCCUUUUGUACCGCAGUAAAAAUGAUACGUUGUUAAUAGCUAAAGCAGAGUGAGCGAGCCUAUCUUCUAGCCUUUUUGGCAAGUUUAAUUUUUUUUCUUUGCA